CCCGAGCGCGUGGUUGCCGAGGCGACUGUUAGGCCGUGGCGCGGCCCGGACGCAGCAGAAACAGCAGAGUUGCUGCGACCGCGUUGGCUAUGGCGCACGAAGGCUCGAGGCAGGAGAGGCAGGUCCGAGACCGCGGGGUGACCCGGUCCAAGGCGGAAAAAGUACGGCCGCCCACUGUGCCAGUGCCGCAGGUGGAUAUUGUGCCUGGGCGGCUCAAUGAGGCCGAGUGGAUGGCGCUUACCGCCCUCGAGGAGGGCGAGGACGUGGUAGGGGACAUCUUGGCCGACUUGCUGGCUCGAGUCAUGGACUCUGCUUUCAAAGUCUACCUGACUCAGCAGUGCAUUCCAUUCACCAUCAGCCAGGCCCGAGAGGCCAUGCUGCAGAUCACGGAGUGGCGCUUCCUGGCCCGAGACAAGGGAGAAUCUGCAGUGGCUGAGGACCCCACAUGGGGUGAGGACGAGGAACCUUCGGCAUGCACGACAGACUCCUGGGCUCAGGGUUCAGUGCCCGUGCUGCACGCGCCCACCUCGGAGGGCCUGGAGAACUUCCAAGGCGAAGUACACUCCUCAGGAACCUCUCCGGUCUCCUUUGCCCCUACUCCUGCUCUCCCCUUUCCGACAUCUCACUGUCCGAGUGCAUUUCCCCAGGACCCUGGGGGCGUGGACCAGAUCCCUUUAGGAAGGUCGUGGAUGGGUCGAGGCUCCCAGGAGCAGAUGGAAUCUUGGGAGCCUUCUCCAGAGCUGAAAGUCACCUCGGCCCCUCCUGCUACGUCAGAGCUGUUUCAGGAGGCAGGGCCCGGCGGUCCUGUGGAGGAAGCGGACGGCCAGUCUAGAGGCCUCUCCUCGGCCGGGUCCUUGAGCGCGAGCUUCCAACUGUCGGUGGAGGAGGCGCCUGCGGAGGAUGCCGACCCUUCUCUGGAGCCGUACCUGGUGGCCAGCUCCCAGGCCUUAACCGAGAGGGGACAGCCGCUGGACUUCCAUUUGUCAUUGGAGGACCUCUACUGUUGCAUGCCCCAACUGGACGCGGCUGGGGAUCGGCUGGAACUCAGGUCGGAGGGGGUGCCCCGCAUUGCCUCGGGCGUGUCGGAGUCCUGCCCCUCUGUGGGCGGCGCCACCGGCCCCUCGGCGUCCUCCCAGCAGCAGCCGGCCGGAUCCUCGGAUGUGCGGCUGAGCGCCCAGCACCACAGGAUGCGCCGCAAGGCGGCCGUGAAGCGCCUGGACCCUGCGCGGCUCCCGUGCCACUGGGUGUGCCCUGUGGCUGAGGUCCUGGUCCCAGACUCUCAAACACGCCCCUUGGAAGCCUACCGCGGAUGCCAGCGGGGCGAGAAGACCAAGGCCCGGGCCGAACUCCAAGCCCUCGGCCCCAGCACCCGUGUCUCCCCGGCAGCGUUCUUCCCUCUCCGGCCAGGCGUUCCUUUCCGUGCCUUGGACUCGGACCCCGCACUCCAGUUCCCCACUUUAAAUUUAGGCCUAUCGUCGCCAUCCUUCAGGUCAAAGCUGUCACUCCCCGACUCCAGGAUCCGCUUCCUCACCGCACACCCGGUGCUCCCUGAUGUGGCCCGCAGCCUUAGCCCCAAGCUGUGGCCCAGUGCCAGGUGGCCCAGCGGUUGGGAGGGGGAGGCCGAGCUGCUGGGCGAGCUGUGGACUGGCCGGACCCGUGUGCCUCCACAGGGUCUGGAGCUGGCAGACAGGGAGGGCCAGGAUCCUGGCAGAUGGCCUCGAACCACACCCCCGGUCCUUGAAGCCACUUCCCAGUUGAUGUGGAAGCCGCUGUUGCUGCCAGAAGCCCUGAAGCUGGCCCCUGGUGUGAGCAUGUGGAACCGGAGCACCCAGAUGUUCAGCUCUGGUGUGCCUGAACAAGAGGACAAAGAAGCAUUUCCCCAGCAGGCCCAGGAAGUUUCUGCUGUGUUGCUGUGGGCUGCACUCAGCAUCCUAGUCUGGGGCGCUGGCUCUGUCUUCCUUAUUCUGGUCCUCCUGCUUCAACUAUGUGUGCAGCUCUGGCAGAAGUCUCAUCCCUGGGACCUCCAGCGCUGCUCCGCAGAUCUGACUGGGAAAACAGCCAUAGUGACUGGGGCCAACAGUGGUGAGUGCUCCUGCCACCCUGAAUCCUCACUGUGGUCCUCAGCCUACAACAACUCUCACAGGGAAGGCAGGGAGAAGGAUCCACUGUCAACACCCUGGUUCCUCCCCUAGAGUGUCCCUUAUUCACUGUAGUCACCACCCAGCCAAAGCUAUCCUCCCACAGGCAUCAGGAAGGUUGUAUGCCAGGACCUAGCUCCGUGUGGGGCCCAAGUGAUCCUUACCUGUCAGAGCAGGGAAUGUGGACAGUAAGCCCUGGCUGAGAUUCAAGCAGCCUCAAACAGUAACGGCCUCCUGCUUGGUGAGGUGGACCUUAGCUCCAUGACCUCUAUUUGGAGCUUUGCCCGGAGGCUUCUACAGGAGAAUCCUGAGAUACAUCUGCUGGUAAACCAUGCUGGUAUGUGCCUUGGCUUGCUUCUCCAAACACCUUUCUGCAGCCUCCUUUCUAGCUCAGGAACCCUAAAACCCUCAAAGCCUAACGUAUGCAAUCUCACCAGAACACUCUAAUCCAUACCCUCCCCUAAAAAGCCAACAUUGAGUUAUAGCCUUAAACUUCAUUGCCCCCAUCUUUGCAUGUACGUGCCCCUGUGGCAUUUCUGCUGAAGGUAAUAUGUCCCUACCAGACCUUGUCUCCCUCAAGGUGGUCCCUUUAUCACUCAAUGCCAGUGUUUUCAUUUCCUCCCAGGAUUCCCCAAGACACUUACCCCAGAGGGCCUGGAUCUUACCUUUGUCACUAACUAUGUUGGGCCCUUUCUGCUCACAAAUCUACUCCAAGGUAAGGAAGGAUGGGCACCUUCUGUGCUGCCCCCUUCCCUGUACCCCUGGCAUUCUAGUGACUAUCUCCCAGGACCACCUCUUGCCUCUUGGCACCCAACUGCUUGCUGAGUGGUGACCCAACACACUUUUUGUGUUACACAUCAGGGAGGCCCAGCUGGCACAAGCCAGUAUUAGAAGGCUGGUAGAAGAAUCAUUCAGCCCAAAAUAUAAUCAGCAAGGGGAUAUGAGAUCCCAGAUCUCCUUCUCCCAUCCCCUAGUUCCAGCCAGACCAGUAGAGUCAGUUUUUGCAACGAAGGCUUCUUGAGGGAGAUACUAGGCAUCAGAAACAGAGAAAGCAAGAAGACCCAGUUUAUUUUCUCAGGGUCGGCCAGAGGUGUAGGCCAUACAGGUGAUACAGUUGAUGCAUUACUGCCUUGGGCCUAAGUCCUUUGAAAAGGCCCUUUCUGAUUGAGAAAGUUUGGCUCCUCCGGGGAAAGGUUCGGGGAGUGGGUGGCAGGCACAUUCUCCCGGAUGUUUUCUCUUAAAUUGUAGAAUAGCCCCUUUAUUAUUUUUGUUUGUUUUUUUUUUAAAAAAUUACUCAUCUCCUUGCAAUGUGAUAGCCUCUUUAAAAGAAAAGCAUUUUUUUUUGGGGGGGGGUCAGGUAAUACAUAUCCAAAGUACAAAAUUGAAAGUGUACAAAAGGAUAUAGAGAGUUUUUUUUUUUUUUUUAACUAUUUUUCUCUUCUUAUACAUCAACCACCUGUUUCCCCGCCGAGAGGCAACUCAGGGUCUCACGUAUCGUUUCGUGGUCAACUAAAUUAAUCCCAACUGGAAAGUGAACAAAGGCAAAACUCUAUGCACCUGCAAGUAUGAUUGUUUUUGUCCCUUUCCACAAAUUGUAACAUGUCAUGACACUAUCUGCAUCUUGCUUAGUGACAGUUUCUUAAACUUCUUUCCUGUCUCCUCUUCUCUAAUCUAUUAUCCCCACUGCCACAUCUAGUAAUCACUUUUCAUCAUGACACUUUCUUGCUUAAAAUCCUUUGAAGGUACCCCUCUCCUUUGUAGGAUGAACUCUAAGCCCCUUCUCUACACUUAGAAGGCCCUGUGCUAGGCCGGGCGUGGUGGCUCAUGCCUGUAAUCCCAGCACUUUGAGAGGCUGAG